AUGGACGAGCUACAAGCAGCACUUGCAGCAGAAAAAGACGAAAGAAAACGCGCAAAACUCGAGAAGAAAAUCUCGAAGAUGGCGAAGUUCCUGAGCAAAAUGGAGCUCAAAAAGGCCUCCCCCGAGAAGGAGCCAAAAAAAGAGAAAAAACGCAUAGAAUUUGCAGAGGCCGAGAGCAUCCCGGAGGGAGAGCUGAAGAAGGUGGAAAAGCUCAGCGGGCAGUUCAACCCGAAAUCCGUGGAAAAUGGAUGGUUUUCCUGGUGGAAUAAGCAGGGCUUUUUCCGGCCGGAGUACGCAGGAAAAGUCUCCCUCGGAAAGACCUUUUUCAUGCCGCUUCCUCCCCCGAAUGUCACCGGAUCCCUGCACAUAGGCCAUGCAAUGAUGGCAUCAAUCCAGGAUACUCUCGUCCGGUUUAAGAGAAUGCAGGGAUACUCUACACUCUACCUCCCAGGAACAGAUCACGCAGGAAUUGCCACUCAAGUCGUCGUGGAGAAGGCCCUGGAGAAGAAAAGUCUCUACAGGAAGGACAUGACGCGAGAGAAGUUCCUGGAUCACGUCUGGGAGUGGAAGAGACAGUACGGAAGCAGAAUAGUCGAGCAGUUUAAGUCCCUGGGAACAAGCCUGGACUUCUCCCGGGAGAAAUUCACGAUGGACGAAAACCUCUCAGAAGCCGUUACAGAAGCUUUCGUCAGGUUCUACGAGGAAGGACUCAUUUACCGCGGGAAUAGGCUCGUAAACUGGUGUGCAAAGAUACAGACGAGUCUCAGCGACCUGGAGGUAGACUAUCGCCCAAUCCCCCCGUACAGCAAAGUCUUCACAGACGGGAAGGAGUACACCCUCGGGAAAAUCUACACCGUAAAGUACGAAGUCCGCGUGGGAGAGAAGGCAGAGGAAGUCCACGUCCAAACGACAAGACCAGAAACAAUAUUCGCAGAUGCUGCCCUGUGCGCGAACCCAGGGGACAAAAGAUACUCCCACCUGAAGGGAGGAACAGCUAUUAACCCCCUCACGAAGAAGGAGAUGCGAUUCCUCCUCGACGAAGCAGCAGAGACAGAGUUCGGGACAGGACUCCUGAAAAUAACCCCAGCACACGAUCACGUAGACUUCGAGGUAGGCCUCAGACACGGCCUGGAGAUGGUCUCAGUCCUCGAUAAAAAUAACAGAAUGACCGUUGGACCUUUUAAGGGAGACCUCAGGUUCGACGCCAGAGAAAAAACAGUAAAACUCCUCCAGGAAAUGAACCUGCUCGUUUCAGAGGAGGGCCAUCCUUCAAGCAUCCCCGUAUGCUCCCGCACAGGAGAAGUCGUUGAGCCACUUCUCGCCCCGCAGUGGUGGAUGAACUGCAGAGAACUCGCAAAAAAGGCCCUGGAGGCAUCAGAGAAGGGAGAAUUGAAAAUAUUCCCUGAGGAAAUGCGGAAGACAUGGAAUAACUGGCUCGAGAAUGUCCGUGACUGGUGCCUCUCCAGGCAGCUCUGGUGGGGUCACAGAAUACCCGCAUACGAAAGAGACGGAAAGUGGUUCAUCGCAAGAACGAGGAAAGAGGCAGAGGAAAAGGCAGGGGGAGAAGUCGUGCAGGAGGAAGACGUUUUGGAUACGUGGUUCUCCUCCGGACUCUGGCCCUUCUCCACGCUCGGAUGGCCGGAAUCCUCUGAGGACUUCAGGAAGUUCUACCCCGCAUCCCUCCUGGAGACGGGGAGGGAUAUCGUUUUCUUCUGGGUCGCGAGAAUGGUCAUGAUGGGGAUAGCACUCACAGGAAAGUGCCCGUUUUCUGCUGUGCUUUUCCACAGUAUCGUACGGGAUGCGAAGGGAGAGAAAAUGAGCAAGAGUAAGGGAAAUGUCAUCGAUCCAGUGGACGUUAUUUCAGGUACUUCCCUUGAGGAACUGCUCCAGAAGCUGCGGGCAGGGAAUCUCUCGCGGGAGGAGGUGGAGAGGGCAGAGGAGAGUAUUUCUCAGGAGUACCCGGAGGGAAUUGAAGCCUGCGGAAGUGAUGCCCUCAGAUACGCCCUUCUCUCGAGUGCGUCCCUGGGGAGAGACGUAAACUUGAGCGUGGAGAAGGUCGCAUCCUGCAGGAGACUCUGUAAUAAGAUGUGGAAUGCGAUGAAGUACGUUCUCGCUCAGAAGGGGGAUGGAUCCACGCGGAGGAAGGACUCGCUUGCGGAGGAGGCAGACGCAUGGAUCGCAGGGAAGUUCCUGGAGACGGCGGAAAGCGUAUCCGCAGCCCUUGAGGAGUACAACUUCAUGAAGGCAGCAGUCGAUGUGCAGCAGUUCCUCAUAUACGAAUUCUGCGAUUUCUACCUCGAAAUGUUCAAGGGGAGGAGAGACGCGGAGGGAGUCGAGAAUAUCCGCAGAAUUUCCCUGGAGUUUGUUAAGCUCGUGCACCCGUUUUUCCCGUUUCUCUCGGAGGAGGUUUACCACGUGAUGAAGGGGAGCUGGGGAGAGGAAGAGAUCCCGGGGUACGUGUGGAUGCCUUCUGUUACGGUGGAGGAGUACCCGCACGGGAAGAGUCUGAAGAUGUCGGGAGACGGGGAGAGGAUGGAGAGAGUCCUCGAGUUCAUUCGCGGGGUCAGAUCGAGGGCUUCGGGACGGAGUGAGAGCAAGCGAGUCUUCGUGCGGAAGUCUCCGGAGAGUGAAAUCCUCGAGGGAAGUGCUGAUGUGAUUGGGCGGCUUGUGGGUCUUCCCGUGGAGAUGUGCGAGGGAGACCGCCCGGGGAUGGAGAGCUCUGGGGGGAUAGAGUACGCCCUGGAGUAG